AUGAGCGCACAGGACACACGCCCUAACGACAAACAAAAGGACUCACCAAGUCCGAGCAGCGCACGUCGUCACACCCAAUCAGAGUCCAACUCUGAGUCCGAUCAUGCGGCAGCAGAGCCACAGCACCAUUCAGGACAGCCAGUCGUCAAUCCCAAGGCGCGCACCCAUCCGCUAGGCGGUGCCAAGGCGAAAUGGAAGGGCGUUCCUUUGAACGAGUCGUACCAAGAGGGGCUUGACAACAAUCAGGACAGGCAAUUGGGGCUAGGCGACAAGACCGAGGGGCAAAUGGGUCAGGUCAUGAGGGAAGCGCAGCCCAAGGCGCAGGUGCCGUCAGCGGGAAAGCGAAUCAAACGUCGUAUCAGAGGAGUGGGCAAGAUGGUGGCGGGAGGGUUGAGAUUUAAUGCAAAGAAGAUUGGGAAAGGGAAGAGGAUGGCGCAGGGAGAGGACCCAGAAUCGGAUUGA